AUGGAUAUCAUUUAUGAACUCGAUGAUGUUCGAUAUGAAUUAGAUUAUUGCGCUAGAAAAGUAGAAGCUAGUAAAAUGAUUAAUAUCAAUGAUUUAAUUAUUCUACUUGGAUACAUAGUGGAGAAUGUUGAAUUAUCUAAUCCAGACAAACUCUCAUUAGGAACACUGGAAAAACUCGUAGAAGUAGGAAAAAUGACUGAAAAUAUAGAAGUAUCAUUAGCUAUUAUAAAAAUAUUUAAGUUUAUCGACAUGUCUAAAUUUAGCGACAUAGAAGAAACAUUAGAUGAAAUAUUACCAACAAUACCCUUUGAUCAACGAAAAUUAAUUGAAGAUCUGAGUAGAAAGUUGAUUUUACGAGAACAUCCAAGUUUACUAAAAUAUUUUUAUCGAAUAUUGAUUGAAAACGAAGAUAAACAAGCAAGAGAUGACACAUUGAAAAUUUUACAACAAUGUACAGUUAAUGAUCUUGCAUAUAUUAGUGACGCUAUUCGAUUAGAAAACAAGUGUUUUAGCGAUGAUUCGAGUAUAGUUGAUGAUUGUUUAGAAUAUGUUAAAAAGAAAAAUAGACUCACAUUAAAUUGUUUUGAAAAGUUAACGAAAUAUUUUCAUGUGAAUGAAAAACUUGAACUGAUCAUCGAAAUUAUUGAACUAGAAAUACAGACUUUACCAAAAUUUUUCAUUGAAAAAUGUUAUGAUUACAUAGGAUCAUCAUUAUUAGACACGUCUACAGCUAAGAACAUAAUUUGGUUAAGUAAAUCGUUAGUUAAGACUAAACAAAUGAGUCUGAAAAAUAUUCCGAACAUUGACGAAUUCAUUUUACAACAUCAAUCAAAUUUUGGUAACGAUAUUUUCGAUUUAUUAUACGCCGAAUAUCAAAAUGGAUAUGAUAUUUCAAAAUCUAUUCUUGAUCGACUUAACGCUUCCGAAAACAACAAUAAUUAUGCACGACAUUUAAUUAAUUCAAUAGAUAAAACUUUCGAAAAUUUAGAUUUAUUGGAAAAUUCGCGGAAUGAUUUAAAAAUACGAAAAACUGCUUUGGAAAAUAUGAUCAAAGAACAAAAUUAUACAUUAGAUACUGUCAAUAUAUUACAAUCAUUAAUCAAAUAUGAUAUCGAUUUAAGAAGCGAUGCCUUCAAAGUAUUGAUUAAAAUAUUGCCACACGAUUUUAGUAAAACAAAUGAUUUUAAAAUUGAUUGGGUUGAAAUUGGAAGAUCUAUUGAACAUGAUCAUACUAUUUCCAUUGAUGACAUAGCUCAAUUUAUAGACAAAGAUCAACAAAAUGAAAAUUUAGUAGCAUUUCUGCCGAUGAUAAUAGAUCGAAUUCAAAAUCACGAUGUUUGUGUUGACGAAACUUCUAAACAAGCAUUGGCAUUAUUAAUUAAAAUAUCCAACGUAAAACAAAAUGAAAACUUACUUUCCAAUAAAUUACCAUAUCUCUUGGAAGUUGCUUUUCGCACAAUACAUGAUGAAGUUCGAGAGAGUAUUGUGAAAAUGAUCAGAAGCUCAAUAAUUGAAUGUGAUCAAAAUGACAUACAAAUUUUAAAAUAUAAAAGUGAUGGUACUACGAUUGAAUCCUUUUUACCGGAUGAAUUAUGCAAACUUGAAUGCUGUCGUCAAAUAUUAGAGUUUGAUACAAAUGCAUUAGAAAAUUUAAGGAAAACUGUUCAAGAAGGAUAUGUCAUCAGUGAUAAGAAAAUCGAAUGUUUAAUUGACGUCUUGACAAAUACUAAUAAACAUGACCAGAACUUAGAUGUGCGUUCUAAGAUAAGUGAAAUAUUAUUUGAAAUAAAUCUUAAACAAGGUCUAACAAAUACAAACAUCAAUCGAAUAACAGAACAUACAGAACUACUAAAAUCGGUUAUGGUUAUCGGAAUUUUAGCUGUUUGUUUAAGUCGUAACAUGGAAUUGUCAGAUAAAAUUAUAAAUCAACUUUGGAAACAACUAUUAUUAAUUGAUGAAGAAAAAGAUGAAAAAUUAAAGAAGUAUUUAAUUUAUGCAACAGUAAAAAUUGCUACUCAAAAGAAAAAUGUACCAAUGAAAGUCUUGGAAAAAUGUGCAAUACUUUUAGAACAAAAAACAGAAACUAUUGAAGUAAGAAUUCUUUGUGCUCGUAUAUUAUCAAAAGAAAUUCAACAACAUUCUUCUCAAAUAUCUCGAGAAACAACAAUCAUUGAUUCAUUAAAAUGUCGUACAUUAGAAAUAGAAGAUAAUCAAGAUUUUCUCUUAAAUAAACUUCUAUUUGAGAGUUUAGAAAAAUUUAUUGAAGAAAAUCCGUCAGAUAAUGAUUGGUUACAAAUAUAUUAUAACAAACUUAAAAAACGACUUGGUGUUCAUCCUGAUGAAUUAAAACCAGUAGAUGAAUUUAUUUCAUCCAAUUAUACGAAUGCUACUGAUUGUAAUAAUUUGGAAAAAUUUCGUUUAUUAUGUGCAUUAAACAACACCGUCUUCAAUCGGAAAAAAAUUGAUACGAAUAUUUUUCAUGAAUUUCAUAGAAAACAAUGA